CUUUGAAAAAUCAAUUAUGGCAUCAAUUGUGGUGACAAUUGAAGACAUUUUCGAUGAAUUGUUGGUCGAAAACAAUAGACUAAUGAAUGAGUUAUUGUUUGCCAACAAAUUGAAGAAGUUUUUGAUUAAAUUGAUUGAAAAGUAUGAAUCGGUUAUCGAUUGCGAAGACAAACAACAAUUCAAUGAUUUGAUACAAAAUAUGGUAAUCAAUGGUAAGAAAAGUGUUGAUAACAACAGCCACACAAUCACUGAUCAGUCGGAUGUCAUGUAUGACAACAGUAAUAAUAGUUGCGUUUCAUUGAAUUUGCAAACUAUUGCCACCAAUGAUGAAGACAACCAAUGGUUACCAGAAGAUACUGAAACACAAAAUAUUAAACAAACCAAAAGUGAACCGAUAUAUCAAUUAAAUUCAAGUGAAGUGAUGGGACCUAAAACAAGAAAAUAUGAGAUGUGUUACGAUUCAGCGACCAAUCUAUAUGUUUGCCGUAACCCUAAAUGCAACGGCAAAUCGUUUGAAAAAUAUGAUCAACUUUAUCAACAUAUGAGGAAUCAUUCAGACAAACGAUUCAAAUGCCACGUUUGCGACAAAGGUUUCAUAAAACCAAGUGAUGUAAGAGUUCAUCUGUUGGUCCACUCGGACACUAAACCAUUUAAGUGUCCGCACGACGACUGCACUUAUGAGACCAAAUAUAAGUCAGCCGUUGCUAAACACAUAAAAGUCAGUCAUAGAAAUGAGCGACCAUUUUCCUGCCCGAUACCUGAAUGUGGCCUUAAGUUUGCCGCAAAACAAAAUUUGUUGAUUCAUAUACAACGCCAUUCAAAUGAAUACCCGUUUUGGUGUACUUUUGACGGAUGCGACAAACGAUUCAAAAUUGAAAAAUCUCUUAAAGAACAUUCACUAAUACAUAGUUCGGCAAAAACAUUGAAAUGCUAUUACAUUGGAUGUAAUGAAAUGUUUCGUACAAUUUAUAACAGAAAAAAACACAUACAUAUCGUUCAUAAGAAAACUAAUUUACAGACAAUGAAGUCAUUUGAUGAUAACAAUCAUCUCCUUCUGCACACACAUCGCCACUCCGAUGAAUACCGGUUUCGGUGUACUUUUAGCGGAUGUGAUAAACAAUUCAAAAUUGAAGAAUACCUCAAAACUCAUUCACUAAUACAUAUGAAUGUGAAUAAAGACGAUAUUAUUAAUAGUUUGGAACCGACUCAUGUCAAUAGUGAAGAUAAUAUCAACAACACAACUACUGGUCAGUCCGAUGACAUGUACGACAACAGUAAUAAUAGAUGCGAUCCAUUGACUUUGCAAUCUAUUGCCACCGAUGAUAAAGACGACGAAUGUUUAUCAGAAGAUUCUGAAACAAAAAAUGUUAAACAAACUAAAAGAGAGCGGAAAAAGUCACUUAAAGACAAUUCAAGUGAAGAAAAGAAGCAGAGAAAUGCCAUUAAUGAAGAUAUCAAUUGUUUGGAAACAACAGAUAAUAUAAACAAAUCAACCAUUGGUCAGUCCGAUGACUUGUAUGAUAACAAUAGUUGCGAUUCAUUGACUUUGCAAUCUAUUGCAAUCGAUAAUGUAGACGACGAAUGGUUACCAGAAGAAUCUGAAAAACAAAAUUUUAAACAAACAAAAAGUGAACCAAAAAAUUCAAAUAAUAUCAAAUUAGUUGAAGUGAUGGGACCUAAAACAAGAAGAUAUGAGAUGUGUUACGAUUCAGCGACCAAUCUAUAUGUUUGCCGUAACCCUAAAUGCAACGGCAAAUCGUUUGAAAAAUAUGAUCAACUUUAUCAACAUAUGAGGAAUCAUUCAGACAAACGAUUCAAAUGCCACGUUUGCGACAAAGGUUUCAUAAAAUCAAGUGAUGUAAGAGUUCAUCUAUUGGUACACUCAGACACUAAACCAUUUAAGUGUCCGCACGACGACUGCACUUAUGAGACCAAAUAUAAGUCAGCCGUUGCUCAACACAUAAAAGUCAGUCAUAGAAAUGAGAGACCAUUUUCCUGUCCAAUAGCCGACUGUGGCCUUACGUUUGCCGCAAAACAACAACUGCUUAAACAUACACAACUUCACUCCAAUGAAUACCCGUUUCGGUGUACUUUUGACGGAUGUGACAAACGAUUCAAAGUCGAAGGAUAUCUCAAAGUUCAUUCAUUAAUACAUAGUUCGGCAAAAACAUUGAAAUGCUAUUACAUUGGAUGUAAUGAAAUGUUUCGUACAAUUUCUAACAGAAAAAAACACAUACAUAUGGUCCACAAGAAACCCAAUUUACCAAAAUUUAUAUCAUGUGAUUGGCCCGGAUGUGAGUACAAGACAAGAGCUCAUUCAUCUAUGAAACCUCACAAACAAAUGCAUACCAAUGACCGUCCAUUUCAAUGUGAUUGGCCAGACUGUAACAAACGGUUCCGAAGAUUACAACUACUCAAUGAACAUAAGCACAUCCAUACCAACGAUAAGCCUCACGCAUGUCAUUGGCCCGGAUGUCACUACCGGUGCAAUGAUACGGCAAACCUGAGAAAACAUUUACGGACUACACAUAAUAUUUUCGAUGAAUUAUCGAUCGAAAACAAUAGACUAAUAAAUGAGUUAUUGUUUGCCAACAAAUUGAAGAAGUUUUUGAUGAAAUUGAUUGAAAAGUAUGAAUCGGUUAUCGAUUGCGAAGACAAACAACAAUUCGAUGAUUUGACACAAGAGAUGACAAUCAAUGGUAACUUAAGUGUUAGAUAUCAUUCACCGGUACAGUCAGUGACCAAACAGUAUAAGUGUCGACAAAACGACUGUACAUUUCAGACCAAUUCUAAGCCAUAUUAUAACAAACACUUAAGUGUUAAUCAUAGAGAAGAUAGAGAAGAGUCUCUGUUUUGCUGUCAAAUACCCGACUGUGGCUUCACAUGUGCUGAUAAACACACUCUUCAUCAACACAUACAGCUUCUUCACUCUAAGGAAGAAAAUGUCAAUAAUAGCGAUAAUAUCGAUCAGAGUUUGAAUUUAAAAGAUAAGAAAUCAAAGCGCAAAGUCUUGAAGACGUAUUCAGUCAAACGGAAACACGAGAGUAUGGAUGCGAUUACCGGUAAUGAAGACAUCAAUUGUUUGGUAUCGAUAGAAGUCAAGUGUGAAGAUAAUACCACUGACACAAUCACUGGUCAGUCUAUUGCUAGCGAUAAUGUAGACAACGAAUGGUUACCAAAAGAGUCUGAAACACAAAAUGUUAAACAAAUUAAAAAAAUAAAACCGAAGAAAACACUUACCGAUGAAGACAAUUCUUGUUCAGUAAAAGUACAGAAUAUAAAAAAAUAUGACUAUUGUUACGAUUCAGUGACCAAUUUGUAUGUCUGUCCACACGAUAGCAAAUCGUUUGAAAAGUAUGAUAGACUUUAUGAACACUUUAUGAGGAUUCAUGUGGACAGACGAUUCAAAUGCCAGGUUUGCGACAAAAGUUUCAAAUCUGGAAAAGCUGUUCGCAAUCAUUCAGUUAUACAUUCGGUUACCAAACAAUAUAAGUGUCCGCACGACGACUGUAACUUUGAGGCCAACUAUAAGAAUUACAUUGAAAAACACAUAAGAAUUAUUCAUAGAAAAGAGCGUCAGUUUUUGUGUCCAAUACCCGACUGUGGCCUUACGUUUGCCGAAAAACAAAAUUUGUUGAUUCAUAUACAACGCCAUUCAAAUGAAUACCCGUUUUGGUGUACUUUUGACGGAUGCGACAAACGAUUCAAAAUUGAAAAAUCUCUUAAAGAACAUUCACUAAUACAUAGUUCGGCAAAAACAUUGAAAUGCUAUUACAUUGGAUGUAAUGAAAUGUUUCGUACAAUUUCUAACAGAAAAAAACACAUACAUAUCGUUCACAAGAAAACCAAUUUACAGACAAUAAAAUCAUGUGAUUGGCCCGGAUGUGAGUACAAGACUAAACAUCCCUCAGCUAUGGUAGAACACAAACGAUACCACGAAGAUGACCGUCCAUUUCAAUGUGAUUGGCCAGACUGUAACAAACGGUUCAGAAGAUUACAACUACUCAACGAACAUAAGCACAUCCAUACCAACGAUAAGCCGCACGCAUGUCAUUGGCCCGGAUGUCACUACCGGUGCAAUGAUAAGGCAAAUCUGAGAAAACAUUUACGAACUAUACAUCAUCUCUUAGUUAUGGCAUCAAUUGUGGUGACAAUUGAAGACAUUUUCGAUGAAUUGUCGAUCGAAAACAAUAGACUAAUGAAUGAGUUAUUGUUUGCCAACAAAUUGAAGACAUUUUUGAUGAAAUUGAUUGAAAAGUAUGAAUCGGUUAUCGAUUGCGAAGACAAACAGCACUUCAAUGAUUUGACACAAGAGAUGACAAUCAAUGGUAAGAAAAGUCAAUCAUUGGAUUGUCGUAAUAAUAGCGACAAAGGUUUGGAUCAAUUGGAUAAAUAUGUCGACAGAAAAGAUAUCGUCAGAUUUGCAAACCAGAUAUUGUCAACAAAAGUGAAGAAAUCAAAAACAUUAACAAAGAUAAAGAAAAUGAAGAAUAAAAAUGUGAUUGUUUUUACUGGUGAUAGCAAUAGUUUAAGACAAACACUUGUUGACAACAAAGAUAUAGUUAACGACACGAUCACCGAUCAGUCAGUAGACAAAUGUCGACAAAUGGUUUGUACUGAUGGUACUACUAAUUGGGAUCAAAAUGAUGUCCAAUCUAUUGGAUGUAACGAUGACUUUGAUUGUAUGUCAUUUGGAUCUGAUAUAAUACAAAACAAAGAAAGGCUCGACAGCAGUGAUAGACAGCAGAAGUUAUUUGAAGACAAAAUAAAUUUUUCAAAGAAAUCGUCGAGAUUUCGAAAGAGUGACUUAUAUUAUGAAUCGGUGACCAAUUCAUAUGUCUGUCCUCAUCCCGAAUGCAACAAAUCAUUUGCCGAAUACAGAUUACUUCACAAACACAUAAAGUAUGUUCACUCGCAAACAAUCAUCAAUUGUAACGUUUGCGACAAGAGUUUCAAAAAUCCCAAAUGUCUUAGUGUUCAUCUAUUGCUACACUCGGAUGUUAAGCCACACAAGUGUCCGCACGACGACUGUCCAUACGCUUCAAGAAAUAAACAGUUACUUAAACUUCAUAUAAAACAAAACCAUAGCGACGAACGACCGUUUGUUUGUCCGAUAGCCGACUGUGGCGACAAGUUUUUGACCAAAAAUAAUCUCAAAGGUCAUAUGUUGACUCAUUCGGAUGAACGGCCGUUUAGGUGCGAGUUUGUCGGCUGCGGUAAAACAUUCAAAACUAAUUACUCACUGAAAGGACAUCUACUGAGACAUACAACAGAACCAACACUGAAAUGUCAUUACGACGGAUGUAACGAAAUGUUUCUGAACUUUGAUCGCCGACAGAGACACGUCAGUACUGUCCACAAGAAAAAACCCAAAAAGACUAACCCAUCGUUUAGGUGCGAUUGGCCGGGAUGUGAGUUUCGGGCAUUCAAACCAUAUACUGUUAAAGAACAUAAAAGAGUGCACACCGAUGAACGACCGUUUGUAUGUGAUUGGCCAGACUGUGGCAAACGGUUCCGAUGGUUGCAUGUAUUGGCCGAACAUAAACACAUCCAUAUCAACGAUAAGCCACACGCAUGUCAUUGGCCCGGAUGUCACUACCGGUGCAAUGAUAAGUCAAAUCUGAGAAAACAUUUGCGAACUACACAUAAAUAA